AUGCACCUAGAAUAUCAAGGGAGUACAACUACGACCAGAAGUGACUUUUUCGUAGCAGUGCUGCCCCCAGAAUGUGCUCCGGGGGGUCACUCUCUGCUCCAGAACCCAUACCGCAGCACCAGUUUCAGCUCCCGCAGCCUACAGCAGUCAGCCCUCCAGGACUUCAUCUGUGACCAUUCCCUCAUACCAGGCUGGUACCAGUUCCAGAUCUUUGACAAGCCCGCCAGCAUGCCCACACAAUGUGUGGAGGUGAACCACUGUGGGACCCAGGCCCCAGUGUGGCUGUCUCUGGGGGAGGGCGAGAGCCUCCCGCGGCCCCUGGAGGUGACGCAACUGACGGCCUGUGCCACCUGGCAGUUCUUCCUCAGCAGCAGUAAGGACUGCUGCCUGUUCCGCAUCCCUGUCACCGUGCGCAACUGUGGAGACUUCUACGUCUACCUGCUCCAGCCCACCCAGGGUUGCAUGGGCUACUGCGCACAGGAGAUGUCAGACUCUGCGGCGGUGGUGUGUGGUCCUGACGAGGUGGAGGUUGAUGGAACGUGUAAAGCUAAACAGCCUCCUUCCCCAGCGGUGCCUGUGAUAGUAGCAGAGCUCUCUGGGAGCAUCGUCUACCUGAAGUGCAGCUUCGAAGGCCACAGCCUGAACAGCUCCCUAGGCUAUGUGGUGGCCUGGUCUCGCCUCUCCCCCCAAGGCACCAAAGAAGAACUGAAACAGGAGACUACUGUCCAAACCUUUGCCUUCAUCGAGCUGGACGGGAUCAACCUCCGACUGGGGGACAAGAUUUACUGCAGUUGCUCCAGUUUUUUUCUGGACUCGCCGGACAUCCAGGGAACCCCAGUGGAGAGCAAAGAGUUCUUCGCCGGGAUCAGGUUGAGACCAGAGGUGACUACUGUGUCUGAGGAUGGGAAGGACUAUGAGUUGACUGUGGAGAGUACCAUCCCUGUCCCCUGCCCUGGCGAUGCCUCCUCCUCCUCCUCCUCCUCCUCCACAGAGCAGUGUACUCUCUCCUUACACCUGAGUACAAGCAAUCAAGGAGAGGAUCUGCUGGGUCCAGAUGUGGUGUUGUCCUCGUGCCAGGUGGAUCUCUCCCAGAGCCUGGGGUGUCGUAACGGGGUGUGUAGCCAGGCCCUGGUUCACCUCAGCGCUGUCACAGACUUCCUCAGGGACGGAGACAGGACGACACAGAUCUCUGUCAAACCCAUCGUCACAUCCAACUUCCUCUGGAGCGGCUACACACCACAGAGUGUCCAGAUCACAGUGAAGGAUGUUCCCUCUGCAUACUGCUACUCUUUCACUGAUCCUCACAUCAUCACGUUUGAUGGCAGGCAGUAUGACAACUACCAGAUUGGGACGUUUGUGCUGUACAAGAGCACGCGGCAGCCGUUCGAGGUCCAUGUGCGCCAGUGGGAGUGCGGGAGCGUGGUCCACGGCGCCUCGUGCAUGUGCGGCUUCGUCGCGAGGGACGGCGGUGACGUCAUAGCCUUCGACAUGUGCAACGGCGAGCUGGGGGACACCAGGCCGCACCUGUCAGUGAAGAACAGGGACGUGGGCAAGAGCGGCAUCCGCAUCACUGAGUCUUACCAAGGACGCAAAGUCACAAUUACCUUCUCGUCUGGGGCAUUUGUGUGUGCCGAUGUGUCUGACUGGGGCAUGAGUCUGACCCUGAGGGCCCCCAGCUCAGACUGGGGCUACACCGAGGGCCUGUGUGGAACGUAUGACGGACAGACGCACAAUGACCUCCACACAGCAGGGGGCGCAGCGCUGGACAAUGAAGACGUAGCAGCCUUCAUCUCUGAAUGGAGCAGCUUGUUUGACACCGUUCCGGCCUAUCAGAGCGCCCCAAACCCUCACAGGUACUGUAACUGUGAAGAAGAGUCCCGCCCCAAAUCCCGCGAACCAGGUCUCAGCCAAUCCCUGGCUCCGACUCCUCCUGUUAUCACCACGGCAACGUGA